AUGCCACGUCAAAUUAGAAGAGGUCGAUUCAAUUAUUAUCGUGGUAAAUUUGAUAACCAACGAAUUUAUAAUGAUAAUAAUGGAAAUAAAAAUAUUGGCAACAAAAACAAUAGCAAUAUUAACGAUUACGAAAAUCGACUUUGCCAACAAGCCGUUGUUGAUCCUGCUUCAAUUAACACUGUUGCCACCAACACCAUUUACAAUGAUAAUACCAACAAUAAUUUGUCACGGCAACAACGACAAUACCCACAACAGAAUCAACAAAGACUUAAUAGAAAGCCUCCAAAUUGGUCCAACAACGAAGAAUUGAAACUAAUCGAAUAUUUAUGUAGUCAUUAUGAUCAAUACAAACAAAAUAAACCAAAAUUCUUUCGUAAUCUCAGUGAACACAGUGAACAAAUAUUCGAACAUAAGAGAAGAGCCGAUCAAAUUAAAGGAAGAUUUACUUCUCUUAUGUUCCAUUAUCGUAAUAAAAUAAACAUUUUCAAUGCUAUUGAACAGUUUCUUGAUUUAGAGCAGAAAAUGGAAAAGGGUGAAGUGAUGGUGAAGAAGGUAGAUGAAAAGAUAAAAAAGGAUGAUGAUAAGAAAGAUUUCAGGCAAAAUCUAUCAUCAAACAAUAAUAAUAAUCAGAAGGAUUAUAAGAAUAAAGAUAAUAAUGACUACGGCGCUAAUGACUAUAUUAAAUUUAAUAAUGAUAAUGAGAAUUCCUCUGACGAUUCUAAUGAUAUUAAUGAUAAUGUUACAAGCAGC